AUGGCAAUCCCGGAAUACACGAUUUCAGAUUUUAUUCAUCGAGAGUCGUGGUGGAGGAAUCGUGGGCUCCUGGUGUUAAAUAUCUAUUUGAUAUUACCAGUACUAUCAUCAGUACUGAAUGGCCUUGAUUCAUCCAUACUAAACGGUCUGCAGAUUUUGCCAAGAUGGCAAGAAUACUUCCAUAAUCCCCAGGGAAAAACCUUGGGCCUCAUAAAUUCUGCUCAAGGCAUUGGCGCUGUCAGCGGAAUUCCAUUUACCCCUUUUGUGUCUGACUUGCUAGGACGACGAGCAACUAUGUUCAUUGGAGCAACCAUCGUUCUAGCUGGUGUCCUCACGCAAGCCUUAUGCACCAACGUGCAAGUAUUCAUUGGCGCUCGUGUGCUCAUUGGCAUAGGCACAGCUUUCUCCGUCAAUGCUGCUCCCCUGCUCAUCAGCGAACUUAGUUAUCCAACACAUCGUGGAAAAUUGACUGCUUUAUACAAUUCGAUGUGGUAUUUUGGCAGCAUUAUCUCGUCCUGGAUCUGCCUUGUCGCUUAUGAUCGAGCAGGGGCAUCAGAAUGGUCAUGGAGAGUCCCUGUAUUUCUUCAAGCUACUGUUCCUGUCCUUCAAAUGACGUUGGUUUGGUUCAUCCCGGAGAGUCCUCGAUUUCUAGCCGCUCAAGGUCUGGAAUCGAAAGCCGCGCGUGUCCUCGCUCAGUACCAUGCGGAUGGGCCAAACCAGAGUGACCACCUAGUAGCAUUCGAGAUGGCUCAAAUCCGACAUGCUCUGAACAUUGAACGAGAGAUCGCCUUCAGUCCAUCCUACCUGACGUGUUUUGCAACUCCUGGUAACAGACGACGCAUGUUUAUCGUUAUAUCUAUUGCAGUAUUCUCACAGUGGAGUGGCAAUGGUCUAGUCUCGUCUUACAUCAACAUUGUUUUGGACGGGAUCGGCAUAACGACGACUCGGACAAAAACAAUAAUUAACGGAUGUCUACAGGUUUUUAAUCUCGCUAGUGCUCUAUUGGGCACAAUGUUCGUGGACAAGGUGGGCAGAAGGAAGUUGUUCCUGACUUCGAAUAUCGGAAUGUUGAUCGUCUUCUCAAUGUGGACAGUUACCACUGCUAUUUUCCACGAGACCGGGAGUACCGCAGCUGUGAAAGCUACUGUACCGCUCAUAUUUCUGUUCUUUUUCUUUUAUGACUUUGCAUAUACGCCAAUGCUUGUCUCGUAUACACUCGAGAUUCUGCCUUACAAUAUUCGCGCCAGGGGACUUGCAAUCAUGGCCUUUGUUGCCUAUCUUUCCAAUACUUUCAACGUGUUCAUCAAUCCGUGGGCACUCGACGCCAUAGGGUGGAAAUACUACCUCGUUUACUGUGGAUGGCUCUGUCUGGAGCUAUUAUUUGUGAUGGUGUUCAUUAUUGAGACGAGAGGUCGUACUCUGGAAGAAACCGGUGCAUUAUUUGAUGGCAUGAGACCUCCUCAGAACACUCCAGAACGCACAUCUUUCGCCAGAGUAUCUCAAUAUGGACCUAGACUACCCCGUCUAGAGAAAGAUGCCACAGACAACUAUUUCGAAAUUCAUGAAACCAGUAGUACGCGGAGUAGUGCCUUCGGAUCACCUUCGCAUAUCGAGCUUCAAGAAUACAGUAGAGUGCAGAGCAGUGUCUUCAGACCACCUUCGCAUCUCGAAAGACAAUCUGAAGAGUCUGCCAUCACAAUUGUUAAAUAA